CCGGGCGGGGGAGCCGGGAUGUGCGUCCGGGUUGGGUCGGCCCCAGCGAGCCGUUUCCUCUCGCCUUCCCUCCGUCUCCUCUUCCCUGCGCUCCUCCACCGCCGUGCGCUCGGAGGGAGCGCCGCCCGCCCGCUCCAAUCAGUAGUUUCCUGAAUAAACCAGAGAGUCACCUGAGACGCAAAGAUGUUGGAAGAAGAUAUGGAGGUGGCCAUCAAGGUGGUAGUAGUAGGAAAUGGAGCUGUUGGGAAGUCCAGUAUGAUUCAGCGAUAUUGCAAGGGGAUUUUUACAAAAGACUACAAGAAAACUAUUGGUGUAGAUUUCCUGGAAAGACAGAUCCAAGUUAAUGGUGAAGAUGUCAGGCUAAUGUUAUGGGACACUGCAGGUCAAGAGGAAUUUGAUGCAAUAACUAAGGCCUACUAUAGAGGAGCCCAGGCUUGUGUUCUUGUGUUUUCUACAACUGACAGAGAGUCCUUCAAAGCAAUCCCUACCUGGAAGGAAAAAGUUGUGACCGAAGUUGGAGACAUUCCCACGGUUCUUGUGCAGAAUAAGAUUGAUCUUCUUGAUGACUCCUGCAUAAAAAAUGAGGAGGCGGAAGCGCUGGCGAAGAAGCUGAAGGUGAGGUUCUACCGAGCGUCAGUGAAGGAGGACCUGAACGUGAGCGAAGUUUUUAAGUAUUUGGCUGAUAAAUAUCUUCAAAAGCUCAAGCAACAAACAGCAGAAGAUUCAGAACUAGUGCACACAAGUAGUAACAAGAUCGGUGUGUUUAAUACAGCUGGUGGAAGCCACUGCAACCAAAAUUCUAGCACUCUUAAUGGUGGAGAUGUCAUCAACCUUAAACCCAACAAACAGAGGACCAAGAAAAACAGAAGUCCUUUUAGCAACUGCAGUAUACCUUAGACCACUUCUGGAGGAAAUUAAGCAACUCAGAGAAUUGGAUGAAGUUGUGCAAUUGAAUACAGAAUAAAGCCAGCUGUAGAGGUAUUUUUCCCGGUGCUUUAGCAAAUCUUGUGCCUCCUUGAUAGAGGGUGGAUUGAUUUAGAUGAACUCGCUGAUGCCGUGGGUUUGUUGUGUGGCCUGAGACGCCUGGUGGCGACACACAGAACCGUGGCUGCCUCGUGCACUUUGUACAGAUUAGGUGAGCUUUUCCUUUCCCAAGGAAUUACUUACAGAGCUAUGAACUAGGUAUUGCUGAAUUGCAAAGCACAUUUAAUGUAAGGAUAAUACUUAGAUGUAUAGGUACGGUCUGUAACUCUAUGGCCCAAUGUAAUGUAGCAACCUUGCAACUAAAUUUCAAAGAAAAUACUAGAAUUGGUUAGUCAGGACACUACCAAGAUAAAUAAGGAGCAAAAAAACCUACUUCAAUUUAUGCCUGACCACAUUAAAAUGGAUUCUGGCAGUCCUGUGGGUGCAAGAUCCUUGCAUUAUAUAUAUAUGUGUGCUAAGGUAUAUAUGUAAGCAUUUGGGAUAAAUAUCUAGGCUUGGUUCCAGUGUCUCCAUUACUUGGAGAUCAGGUAAUGAUCAUCAAAUAGCAUCUUCCAAUUGUCCUUUAAAAAUGUUGCAUUUCGGGUCAGGCUUUCCAAGCUGCCACUGUGUAUGUUUCACUUGCUAUACUUUGGGCCUAAAAGCUUAGAUUUAAAAAUGUACGGUGCCAAAAAUGCUCCUUUUUACCUAAUGCUAUGCUACAGAUAUUUUGUACGUUUGUUUUUCUCAGUCUUAACAGGUUGAACAAAUAACACUAAUAGCUAUUCAGAGGGAACACAUAAUCAUAUUCUUGUUCAAAUUUGAUUGUUGUAUCCUGUGUUGUCUUAUGAAAAAGGAAUUUUCAAAGUGGUGUUACACAGUAUUUAUCUUAUGUGAAAUUUUUUCAUAGAUACCAUAAACUAAGUUACAGGGAUCCAAAAAAUUGCAGCUGAUUAUAUUAGGGAGAUAUUGUUGAAUGUUUUCUCAGAUUUAAAGUUAAGGAAAUCUAAUUCUGCAAGAUGAGAGACAUAGCAAAAACUUUUCAAAGUGCUUUGGUAAUUUUACAGAACUGAUUUACAUGUUUAGGAGCCCAAAUCUAACUUCAAGCUUAUUUGGGCUAAGGCUCCUAAAUCACUAAGGUGCUUUUAAAAAUGCUAAGCGAGAUACCUUUUAUUUAGCAAAAAUGAACACUUUAUAAUCCUCUUCAAGAGCAUGCAUGACUUUUAAAAACUAUUCGUUUUGUUUACAUGUUUUUGUAUGGUAUGAUAUAAUUUUAACUUUCUAAGAUUUCUACAAGUCUGCCAGUGACAAAUGCAAAAUAUGCUGCUUAAAAAAAUCAGUUUUAAUAGUUUUAUGAAUGGUGUAUGAGAAUGAAAAUUGGUUGAGUGAUCCUGUAUAUUUUUGAAGGAAGGACUUUUCACUAUGUGAAUUCAUGUAGGAAGCUUGACUGACUUUGUUUCUAAGUCAAUGAGCAUGAAAAUUGAAAUGUAUUCUUAUUCCCACUGUCUGCAGAGAGAGAGUGAGUGGCAAGUUAUGCACAAACACUAAAGAUCUCUGAACUCUGUAUUUUAUUUUUACUGUAUUAGCCUGUAUUUCUACUGAGUACCGUAGUUUCUUUCACAAGCUAUUAGAGAUCUCCUGUUGCUGGCGAGAAGGAGGGCACCCCAUCCCUUUUGCUAUUGCAGCAAAAAUGUAUGUUCUUCACCAUAAUGUUUCUUGUAUUUUCUAUUGGAUAAAGGCCUCUAUUUUUUAACAAGUGCAUUUAAUCACUGUAUGUAUAAAUGGAGUCAAGUCCUAUCUGUCUUAGCACUUUAAGAAGUAGGGUACUUGGGAUGACUGAAUAUCAUGAGGCCGCCUCACAACUUAGGGUAGAGUGUAUGCAUGAAGAAUUUUGACAAUUGUUUUUAAUAUGGAAACUUUUACAUUUCAUUGUCUGUCUGCA